UAUAAAAAAGUAUUAAUAAAUAUUAAAUUCUUCACGAAAUACUCUCUCUGUUGGUGAGGACCGACAGCCGAUGACCUCUAGCAUGAUUAUAAAUAUCACAGUUGCUAAAAGGAGGGAGCAUGAACGUGGAACGUCACGAGAGAGUGACGUAAAAAAAAAUUAAAAAGAAAAAAAGGAGAUCAAGGAAGAAGAGCGAUCAUGUGUAUACGCGGCACAAAAGCUAGGCGGCGAAUACCAGCGCGUGCGCGUUUUCGCGACGCGUCCGAUCCACAAACGCGGUCAAAGUACUAACGAAAUCGUGAAAGUGAUCAUCUUGAAGAAGAGCGGUUAGUCGAUCGUGUGACACAUUGCUUUUAGUAUUACAUCGUAUAUUUACCUUCUAAAAGGGUUGGGGAGGAAAAGACAUGACAAGAGUGAUGGAUCCGUUGAUUGGCGUGCUAAAGGAAGCGGGACCAAGGGGUGAAAAUGUGACGCAAGUCUCGUCUUCCCAAGACAAGCAUCACGACGAACAAACGAAAAAACCUGAACGGACACAAUGGAGGCAAUGGCUGGCAUGUAUAUCAGCGACUCUAUCCAUGGUAGCGGUUGGCACCGUCUACGGAUGGACCACCACGUCGCUCUCACGACUCACAUCCGGCGCCAGCGACGUUCCAAUAAAGAUAACCGACAACCAGGGCUCGUGGAUCGUAUCGUUGACUGUGAUCGGUUCCAUGAUUGGUCCGUUCCUCGGUGCCAGUCUUGCCGAUCGAUACGGUCGUAAGAGGUGCCUCCUGCUCGCCAGCGGUUUCUUCAUCGUCGGCUGGGCAAUCGUCUUCUUCGUCAAGACUGUAGUUGCUCUUUACAUUUCUAGGGUGAUUCUCGGUAUUGGCGUAGGUAUUUCGUACACUACCAAUCCGAUGUACGUAUCGGAAGUUGCCGAUGUCGAAAUUAGAGGUGCCCUCGGUACUCUAAUCGCCGUGAACGUGUUCACCGGUUCCUUGUUCACAUGUAGUAUUGGUCCAUGGGUGUCGUACCACGUUUUGACGGGCAUACUUCUCGCAGUACCCAUCUUCUUCGUGGCAUGCUUCUCCUGGUUCCCCGAGACUCCCGCCUUUCUCGCGGCCAGAGGUCGUAGAGCAGAAGCAACUAGAUCCCUGGCAUUCUUCAAAGGAAUCCGCGAUCGUGAAGAAGCAAGGAGAGAAUUGGAAUAUACUUUACGUAACGUUUUGAUCGAAGACGUUUGCGAUAAUACUCCAGUGAUCGGCCCUGGAGCACGAACGGAACCUGUUAAGCGCAACUGGAUGGGCAAACUGAAGCUGAUGCUGUUACCCAGCAACGCCCGAGCUCUCGGAAUCAUACUCAGUCUAAUUGCUACGCAGCAACUUAGCGGAAACUUUAGCACUAUACAGUAUCUUGAAGUGCUCUUCAAGAAAGCGGCAAUCGGCAUCGAUUCCAACGUAGCUACCAUACUUGUGCUCGCAGUCGGCCUCAUCUCAUGCGGGUUAUCAACCGCGACUGUUGAAGGUGCGGGCAGACGUCCGUUACUGAUCGUAUCUACCCUUGGUUCUUCCGUCACUCUGGGGAUUCUUGCGAUAUACCUUAUGCUAGAAGAAAGAGGCAUCGACGUAUCGGCAGCAAAUCUUCUUCCAGUGAUCGAUGUGAUCAUCUUCCAAGUGGCCUACCAGAUCGGAUUGGGUACUCUACCAAACGCGUUGAUGGGAGAAUUAUUCCCGACUGAGGCGAAAGCAUUCGCCGGUGCCAUUAUCAUCGUUUUCGACGGCGUGCUUGGUUUCAUCGUAUCCAAAUUGUAUCAGGUGAUAGGCGACUGGUUGGGCGCCUACACCGUUUAUUAUUUCUUCGCGGUAUCGUGCUUACUGGCAUUCGUAAUGGUAAUAUUCAUCGUACCUGAGACCAAAGGUCGGACUUUUCGCGAAAUUCAAGAACUUUUGGGAGGUAGCGGGAAGAAAGAAAAGAUCGCCAGAAGUUCGCAAGAUCGAAAUAGUACAGUAUGACAAGAGAGGACGCUCCGCAACUAUCACACCUUUUUUUGGACAUGGUGCGAACUUAUUAACGAUAUAACGCCAUUGGACGUUCUUUUCAAAGCAACGGACUUUGAAACAGCUAUUACUUACUUUCAACUGUAUAUAAAAUGUACGUUUACAAUUUUAUUCAUGCAACGAAAAACAGGACGGAAAGGUGAAAUUGCCUUUGCCUAUUUACUGCAAGUUUUCUCGUACCUACUAUCGAGAAAUAAAGUGGUUUUUGUUAAUAUCGUUUUUGCUAUACAUAAAUUAAUCCCGAUGGU